AUGGAGGCACUGGGGCUGGAGGGUCAGGGUGGAAGGUCCCAGGGGAGGGGCUGCCUCCUGCUGGCUGUGGCUGGGGCGAUUGUCUUGGGGUCUGUGGUGCUGUCUGUACCCAUCACUGUCCUGACUGUGCUGGCCUUGGUACCCCAGGAGCGGGGAGGACUGAGUUCCAGAAGCUGCCAGGGGAGAAGUCGGAAACAGAUGUGGUCAGCUUCCCGCUGCCGGCUGCCCACCUCAUAGGUGAGUCGGUGGGAGACCUGGGUACCCGUGCACAGCGUCCCAGCUUCAGAA